AUGGUUUGUUUAAGACCGUUAAUGGCUUUGCCAAUUACCGUUUCACAUACCGUAAAAAUGUUCCAAGUAAGGCCAUAUUUAAGUAAAGCAUUCCUAAGUUCUUCAACUGUAAGAUGUAAUACUAUCCUAGAAAAUGUAGAACCUAUAGAAUUGAAAAAAAAGGAUUCUGAAAAUUCAGAGUUUAAUACAGCAACAAGAGGUAAGAAAAUUAAACCUAAAACGCCAUCAAUUGUAGUUUUGAAUCUUAAACAAUCUGGUCUACUGAGGAGGCGCAAAGUACUUCCCAUAUCAAAACAUAGUGAUAAGGAUAACAGACUCUCUGCUUUUGAAGGUGUAGAUUUACAAGCUGAACAUAUUGGAAACUAUUUGCCUUUAAAGCCAUUGCAGAUGAUAAAAGCGCAAGGUAAAAAACUACUUAUAUUUGAGAAUAAAGUUUCAUUAGAGCAAGCAGCCAAAUCUAUACAAUAUCUCAAACCUGUUGAUGAAGUUAUAUCUCAACAACGUUUUGAUGAGUUAACGAAACAUCUUGAUUCAGCAUACACUAUUGUCCAACUAAGAGCAUACACUAGAAAAUUCUUUAAUAAAUCUAAUGCUCAUCUUACGAAAGAAAGACUUAUUAAAAGAAUUAUUAUGGAAUAUUGGCAUUGUAAGGUUGAUGACAAAGCUUUACAAAAAGAUAAAUUAAUUAAUGAAAGCGUAAUUGAUCUAGAACCAAAAGCUUUAUUCUUACUUUUAGUUACCGAUAAUAGUAAAAUAUUCCAUAACUUUGCUAACAUGGGUGCUAGAAUCAUUGUGGCAGUUGACGAAAAUAAAAUUAUUGUGAAUGCAACAGUAAAUGUUAUCAGAUACAUCGAGCUGGCUUUAGGGAAAAUUUUAAAUAAUAUCUCAACCAAAGUAUUUCCAAUUGACGACAUACUCAAAACACACUCGAUUAAUGGUGCAACACCUCUUGAUGAGAAGCAUUUAGACUCUAUUCUCUCUUCAAUUGAACGUGAAAAUUGUGUUUAUUUUGAAAAGAUUCCUACUGAAGAAGGUGAUUCAUCUACACGAAAUCUAUACAUAUCUGCUGUUGGUGCAAAAAGACUUACGUUGGCAACUGCAUUAUUCUUGUCGUCUUUAAAUUUUCAACCUCAGCUUACAACAAAUUUAAAAUGUUAUAAACUUCACACUGAUAAUGAAUAUAAGGAAUAUCCAUACUCUAAUUCCGAAAAUCUAAUCUGGUCAACUAAAAAUAUUCCUUGGAAGAGAUUACAGAGUACAAAAGGUAAUAAUUCUAGUACCUCAGAAGAAAACAGGAUUACCACCACGGACAUUAUUACAAAAAAUGAUGUUAAAGAAAUUUAUAAUGCAUUAGUGUUACCUGAACAAGACUCUAACGGAGCCCCUAUCAUUCCUAUUAAAGAAAAUUAUCCUUCGCAUGCAUUAUUUAGUGUAACAAUGGGGCAAGUUUUAGUUGCAAACUCAGAUUUAAUGAAACGUCAAUUAUUUACACCACAAAUUCCUUUCAUUGCAUCAACAUUGGUGAAAAAUAAAUAUCCGUUAUUUGAUACAAUAGACUCUAUUGAUGAGUACUACAAUGUUGAUCAUCAUAGCUACUAUGUUAAAUUGAAAUUUAUACCAGAAAACCCUCAAUCUCUUAAUAACAAUUAUAAUUACCCUCCAUUAGAAAUAUGGCUAGAAUUAGAUGCAAACAAUAAUGUCAUACCAAUAUCUUGUAGAGCAUUUUUACUAUUGGCACAAAGACAUUAUGUUCUUCAGACUCCAGAUUUCCCAACAGACUACAGAUUUGAACAUGACAAGACUCUAGAUCUAUGUGGUAUAUAUGAAUAUGAAGGCAAUAAAUGGCUUGAAGAUCAACCGUCAUUAAAAGCAUUUAUUAAUGAUCAAAACUUAUCCUUUAAAGGAAAAACCUUUUCAUUUAAGAAAAAACUUUCAAUAAAUAUACCUUCUUUUAAUACAAGUGAAAAUAAAUAUGACGUUAAUAGCAUAAACUAUAACUUUACAGAACUUGAACAUCAUAAGGUUGUACAACUGAAACAUAACAAAGAUUAUUUAAUCCAAUAUUCGGAGAUUAAGAGAGAUAUCCUAGGGGGGUGGUAUUCUCAAGUUGAUUUUGUUGGCGGUAGCUCAUUGAAUGAAAAUCAAUUUGAAACUUUCUUCCAUGAUAUUGUGCAUAAUCUUUAA